AUGGAGACCGUCGAUCCAUCGACAGCUCUGGCCAUGACGACGAAAGCUUUAGCAUUUGAUAUGAAUUUACGUCUAUGGCGUGUAGAAGUAUCUCUUGCUGUACGAAAACUUUUGUCUCUUGGACGUACCUAUGAAGUCCAUUAUUCACUACCUCGUGAUCCCGUGGAAAGUCUAGAGCUCACUACAAAUUUUGGUCUUUUUGUGACUGCAACAAUGAACUCUCAUGUAUUUCAAGUGGAAAAGAUCCAAGCACCUCAGUAUUCAAUGGCAUUUGUGGACAAAGUAGCAGGUCGUUCUUCAAUUCAUACCCCCAUCUGCACCGUGGAAGCAGAUGAUUAUUUGGUUGGUAUCGGUACUGAGGAUCUUCUUCUUUGUCCACGAACACUCAAGCAACUUCAUAAAGAUGUGGCAACUCUUGGAUCUCAAGUCACAAUCAAACAGGAACAUGAGAAAUCAUCCUGGAGGACCAUUGUACUACGUUUCGUGCGCUUAGGGGCGUCAAUAAAGGCAGAUCCAAGACAAGUACGUACUCCCGGACGGAUCCUACGUCUUCUUGAUGAAAUGAGCAUGCACCACGUGCAUUUGGCGAAACGAUACGAUGAAUUGAUCAAACAGGACCGAAUAGCAGUACAACGACUGCACUCGGCAAAGAAGUUGCUGAUGUAUGUGAAAGUAAUGACGGGUGAUACAAAAAACACCUUGAUGCAGGACAGAACGUUCCAAUUUACAGACAAGUUCCGAAAAUGGUAUGCUGCGAUCACCAAUGAAGAGGCUCCCACUGUAAAUAAGCAUAUCGUCAUGACCAAUGAGCUCGAGCAUCCGGCGGAGGAUAUGGCAAUCGAAAUCAAUUCAGAGCAACCUGAACAUGAUUGCUACACUGGCUACACUGGCUAUACUGGCAACUCGAUUGUCAAAUCAAUACUACGCCAGCAAAGCUCGUAUUCAUCCUCGUCUGGUCUAUCGGCUGAUGUCUCGAAAAGACGUGUUACAUUUGCCACGGAUUUAACAAAUGGGCAGACCAGUACCGCUGAACGAUUCGUGAAGUCUACACAAGUUCCAGCUCCGAUGUCGGCUCCUCCGUCUCUCCCGAAACAAUCGAAUGAAGAUAGCAUGACUACGAAGAUAAGGACAUUUGGUGUGGAGGAAGGCCGAUCGUAUCUUAUGGCUCUGAUUGGCCCUAAUGUCGACCUCGUGUCAUCACUUCAAGAACUAACAACUGCUGUUCAAACUGUGCCCUCGCUAGUCAUCAACAAGGAGCUCAUAUUGGCUCCAGGCCUUAAGCUUCGAUGCGACAUACAAUCGAAUAAACCGGGUCAAUAUAGUGCCCAUGUUCGGCUAGGGCAUUUGUCAUUCAAUUGCACUGCUACGUGCGAGAGGGAUGCCACCACUGGUGCACUGAUACGGCUAACACGAGCAAUUAGCGAACACCGAAGAUUGUACGGUAAUAUGCUGUUGUAUUUGAAAGCACAGUUUGGUUUCUGUACAAGCAGCGAUUCCCGAAAAGUGAAGGACGCAGCCUUCAACUACCUUAUCAAAAAGAGGAUAGUGCGACUUUUGGAAAGGCCAGGUGGAGAACCCGGCAACGUCAUUUACGAUGUUGUGGGUCUAAUCCAAGAAUUUCCACUCAUAUGUAGACGUGGUUCAUCCCUCCCCAGUACGAAAAGUGAAGUAGUUGAUGCACUUAUGAUGUUCUUGAUGGAACUAGUUGACCAGUAUGAGGAGAGUCUGAAACGCGACCGCGUUGAACAGAUUAAGAAUGAAAUCAAACCGAGAACAGAUGAGAAAGAAGGUGCUGAGGCUCAUGUAGAAAGCACAUAUGAUUCCGAUGAGAUGGAAGACGUAUGCGAUCGCACUAAAAGCAUUGACAGUGACAAGAGAGUCGCAGAGUUAAGAUCGAUGGGUAUUUUGCGAAAGCGACGCUAUGCACCGGAUGUAGAUGAUGUCCAUGAAGACGAGCGUGGGGCAACCCGUCCUCGCUUGUCGUAUUCAACCCCGGACCGACAAGCACUUGUACGGCCUGAUAAACGACCUGUGGAGCAAGGUGGUGACAAUGUGGCUGCUGUGAACGUAACGAACCUGUUUGUUGAAGACCGAAGCGGAUCAAAUCGCAAUCGUGAUACACCGUCCCGCUCUGAGGAUGAAGUUGCAAAGGCGAAGUCGGAUGUGUAUCAGGGGUUGCUAAUGUUUCUUUUCCAGGAUUGGAGUAAGGUUGGAAAAAUCGUAAAGGAUACCGUGUGGGAUCUGAGCGUGGAGUCGGAAACAAUUAAGAUUACGUCCAGUUUUACGGUAGGCUUUUACGCUCGAGCUGGGUUGAUUCACCGGACUGCUGCAAAGCAGAACAAUGGGCUGAUCCGCUGGGAGCUCACUGCGUCAGAGGGCGUGGUCAAGGCCUGUGGGGAAGGAUCCUCUACUGAAAUCGCGAAGGACAAGGCAGUUACAAUUCUGGUUAACACGCUGGAUGGGAUGGUUCAGACGUGGAAGGCGUUGCUUUCUACGUAUAACGAGCGGCUAGCUCGAACCCCAACAACAUUGAUGGCCGCGAACGAGACACAAGCUAAAAAUCGCGACAAGGUGUCAACAUCGGAAAAGCUUGUGCCACCCAUGUUUAUGUAUUUUAUCAAAGUUCGCAAUACGCUAGCAAUUUCAACGGCGUGUCUAAAUGCGAAAGAUGCGAAGCGUUCUGCCAACGAAAGAUGGCGCGACAUCCUGGAAUCACUGAAGAAGAUGAUUGCAGCUUCAUCAUGCUUGCCGAACAGAAGCACGAAUGCGGCACAUGCUGCCGCGGCAUCUCAAUCUAGAGCUUCGACAGCAGCCGCCUUGGUGAAAAAAGCCAAUCUUAUCUUGUGCAGUGACGACGAGAUGGAUAAUGAUGACGAUGACUAUGAUAACUACUCAGAUAAAGCAUCGGAUGAUGACGAUUGGGAUCCGUCAGUAGUUAAGACAGCACCAGAUACAAAUGCCGUGGCAGAGCUGAAAGCUUUCGAAAGUGAGCUUCAAAAGGAGUAUGCUGAGCAGUCUGAGUCCUGUCUCUCCGAUGAUUCAAAAUUCCGUGCCGCGAUCCGAAGCCUGUUUACUCCAACAGAUGAGCUAUGUGCCGGAAUUAAUAGGCUUCGAGCGUCACUUAAGUACCGGGGAGCUGAACACAGAAUAAUCGUUCCCAAUGUCACAGCGAAUAUUAAGAUGGAGCGCCUUCAAGAAGGUAUCUUUGAAGUUCUUGUCGACGUCAACGACGUUAUUCGCUUCAAGGCGUCGGAGAGAACAAAGUCUGGUGCUUGUAAUGCUGCUGUCGACGGUGUGCUGAACAAGCUGAACAAGAUUCGAUCGGUAUGGGCGCAACUUCUUCAUUUCCUAGACGUCAAAUCUCUGUCUUACGUCUCGCCCAUUGACUCUUUCCGAGACCUCAAGUUAUCCGGCAUCGCCAGUAUUACAACUCAAGUAGAAGAGCCGUCUCGAGCAUCAUUCGGUCCUGAUUCUCGCGCAAGUCCUGGUGUUCACUGCGUUGUACGAGUAGACGAUCAUGUCUUGUGCCGAGCAACAUGGAAAACAGAAGCGGAGGCUCGUCGUUUGGCCGAGUGGAGGGCUGCACAAUUUUUGAUUGAUUUGAUUGACUGUGGGCUUGAUUCGAAGCCACUCAAAACCGAAGAUGAGAAGAUGGAGAUCGAUGACGAAUUAUCAAGCGUCGGAAAAACCGUUGCUUGGUCAUGCCUCAUUCGGAUCCAGGAUGCAUCUGAUACUAGUAGGUUUCACGAAUUUCCAGUGGAUGCAUUCUCAUGCCAUACUCGUAACGGAAUGGUGCCUAAACAUCUCCCAGAUAGCCGCAGCAUAGUGGUGACACAGCGUGGAGCUGUGAGAAUGGAACGAAUAGAGACCGAAGUUCGCAAUCUUCACGAUUCAGCAAUGGCAUUUUUCUGCAUAGAGUCUGCGUAUGAUCACUGGAAAUUUGUGCGACAAUUGGUCCGUUAUUCGGACAAAAGAAAGCGUAUUGCACGUGUACUUGCGCUUUCCAUUUCCCCCGAGUGUCCGUACAAUAUGUACCUGAUUCCGCCAGGGGCAUCCAUAAACAGUGAGCACAACUCGUACUGGCCGGAAAAAGCGUUGCCUCGCUUUGGAAUUGGGCGUAAGAAUGUGGUUGGAUUCUUGACAAAAAAGAGAAUGGACUAA